GACGUCACUCACAUCUUGCCUGGGAAACCCCAAAGGCGAAAAGGGAAGAUAGAGUUCCUUGUUGUUUAGUUCAAGUAUUUUAAAAUCGGAAACAGUACAUAAGCGUUUGAAUUAUGUCGGCUCCAGCAAUGCCUCCACCUUCCUACAACCAGGCUGCAGGCUACCCACCAGAUGACUCAAAAAAUCAGGGUGGAUAUCCACCACAAGCGGGAUAUCCACCUCAGGCAGGAUAUCCACCUCAGGCAGGAUAUCCACCACAGGCAGGAUAUCCACCCCAAACAGGUGGCUACCCUCCUCAAUAUGGAGCAGGGUAUAAUCAGCCAACUAAUUAUGGCUAUGGAAGUCCUGAACCAGAAUCUCGUGACCCCGAGCCAACAUUUGUUGGGGGGAGCUUCAGUGAUAAAGCAGUAAGACGUGGCUUCAUCAGAAAGGUGUACCUGGUACUGAUGGUACAGUUGUUGGUGACUUUUGGAUUUGCUUUCAUGUUUUCUUAUGUGAAACCUCUUAAAGAAUGGAUGCAGACUACUGGAGCUUGGUUCUACUACUUGGGAUAUGGGAUUUUCCUUGUUACAUACUUUGUCCUGGUCUGUGUUCCCUCUGUCAGACGGAAAACCCCAGGAAACUUCAUAUGCCUGGGAAUCUUUACUAUUGCGUUGUCUUGGAUGGUUGGAACAAUUAGUAGCUUCUACUCCACCAACUCUGUCCUUGUGGCAGCAGGAAUCACCGCGGCGGUGUGUCUGUCCAUCUCCUUGUUCGCCAUCCAGACAAAGAUUGACUUCACCAUGUGCUCCGGCCUCCUGUUCGCCCUGGUGAUGGUACUUUUCUUUUUCGGCUGGUCUGUCAUGAUUGUCUACUUCACCGUUGGAUACAGCUAUAUCCUUGACUGUGUCUGGGGAGGACUUGCUGCCCUGGUCUUCUCACUGUUCCUCAUCUAUGACACACAGAUGGUUGUUGGGGGUAAGAAGCAUGAAUUGGACCCAGAGGAGUACAUUUACGGUGCCCUCCAGAUCUACAUUGACAUCGUCUAUCUUUUCCUUAUCAUUCUUUCCAUUUUUGGAAAGAGCAACUAGACAAUACUUGAAUAGUGAUUCCAAGGAUUGAACAAAUCGGUAGCUUAAAAUUUUGAAACCACCCUAUCUCAUAACUUAAAAGACACAAUUUUUUAAAAGAUGUAAAUAGAUUAAUAUAUUUUAGAUGUAAAUACAAAUGGAUAUGGUAUUCAUAAUUUCUUUGGAUUCUCAGUUUUGAAAACUAAAAUUGAAAUACCCGGUAAGUUAAAAUUGUUUGGCAAACAGGCUUUGAUGUAUAAAUGAAAAUAAAAGGGUAGUUUUUCUUUUGGCAUUUCCACAAUUUGAAUCACUGGUAUAGUAAAGAAAAAAAUAUUACCUGUAAGAAGAACGUUUUUUUUUUCAGAUCCUUAUGGGUCAGUUGUAUUGUACAAAGUAUGUUGCUUAAUGUUAUCAUGUUUACUCGGCAUUACCUGUAUUAAAGCACGUACUACUGGAAAUACAAAGAGGUCCAGAUUUUAUGUUUUGCAUCAGUGUAUGUUACAUUUAGGCCACAGCUAGCUCUACUUAAAUAAUUCUGCUUUAUUUCAUUUCACCGUAACACUUCCUAUUACUUGAUUAAAAUGGCAAAUGUACAUGUUGAUAAGCUGCCUUUUAGUACAAGAUUGACAUCAUUAAUGUUUGUAGCUAUCAGUCUGAAGAUGCAUGUAUUCUUUCCACUUAGUAUUUUAUAGUAAUGUUACAUUUGUUGUAUUGUUUUCUGUUGUAAAAACAUGUUGGACAAUCUGUGUUAAAAGCCUAUUUUUUGUGGGUUGUUAGAGAAUGUUAAUCAUUAUCUUUAUCCGUUUAUAUUAAAAUGCUCAUAAAUCAUUAAAUAUUGUAUUAGAUAAAUUCUCAUUUUGAAAAAAUGUUUAUAAGGGAAUAAAAUCCUAUCAUAGGCCUGAAUUUCUAAUGAAAUUUUAUUUGAAAACUGACAGACUUUGGGAUACGCAUUUGGUGUUCUUAAUUUUGAUUUUAAAAUCGUUCCUUUUCCUUUUUGGAAGAAGGCACAUAAGGGUUUUACAACCUAUGUGGAACGUAAAAUGAUUAAAUUUUUGUAUAUUCUUUUAUUAAGAUGAAAAUAUGUUGAUGCAGAAGUAAUCUGCUUUGAAUAAAUGUUAUUAGCUGUUGGAGUCAAUUUGGUUACAGUUCAGGCAAAGAAAGGGGUUGUUGAGCCUUAAAAUUGUGUGUCUGCUAGCUUAUCUGUAUUGGGACCCAAUACACUAUUUACUCACUGUCAUUUCCUCAACACUCUAUGUUUACAAUUUUGUGUGUGAUUUGUGGGUAAAUUUGUAUUUAUAGAAGCAGAUAUUUGUUUUAUUUUGUUUUCAAUCAUUGUCCUUUGCCAUGCACAUGUUUUUCCUCCAAGUUUAUUUUUAUCAUGACGCUAUUAAUAUCUCUUAUAUUGUUCUUGUCAUAAAUCUGGAAUAAUGUUAAUUAGCAUUUCCUUGAAGAGACUAUAACCAAAUUAUAAUUUUCCCAUAAGAUCAGGUAAUAUUUUCCCAAUUUUUUAACUGAUAGUGUCAAAAACACGUUUUGAGAAUUAAAAUCUGACCAUUUUCGAAAUGUAAAUUUUGUGCCAUUAUUUGUCCUAAAAUGACAGAUAUCAUUUAAGUGUUGAUUUUUAAAGUUCCAUGUCAUUUAAAAUUCUCAGUUAGAUCCUUCAUAGCCUCUGUUAAAUACAGUGUAUAAUGUGGUUACGUUAUAACAAUUUUUAUGUACAUUUGUAGUUGUUUUAUGUAAUAAAUCAUUGUUUUCAAAAAAUUA